AUGGUUAAUAUAUUUAUGCAUUUAAAUAAUCGAUUGGAAAAUUUGCUAUAUAUGUCUGAUAUUAGUUGUGAUCGUGAAAAGUCUUUCUCAAUAUCAAAAUCUUCAACAAUCAAUAAACGACAAAAUAGUAAAGAUGAUUAUGAAAAAUCUCGUCGUAAAAGACCAAAUUUAAAUACAUCAAAUGAUCAUUCAAAUAAUCAACGAACGUAA